GCGGUUUGAAACAUAGGGCACAAACAAAACGGCAGUUCGGCUAGGUAUAUAAAUUUCCUCCAUAGCUGCUGGACAGGUAGGAGUCGUUUGGCGUUUUUUGGCUGUUUGCACCCCUAAAUUGUUGUUAUCCUUUAAAUUCUUGGUAUUGUGGUUGCACUUUACCCUCCUCUUUCGCUCUUGCAUGCCAGACCCGUGGAUAAGCGUCAACUUGGGACCAACUUCUGGUUCAUCACAGGCCCAUUGGGCCUAAUUUCUCGAUCUCCCGAUGAACCUCUCGACGUGAACUGCUUUUUUGUUACUUGGGAUAUUCCAGAAACAGUUUCAGAAAGUGCAAACAUGGAAGAAGCUAUUUCAUCAGCAAGUAUGGAGAACUUAGCAGAAAUGUUUCGGUGUUUCAUUUGCAUGGAAAGGGUGAGAGAUGCCAGACUGUGCCCACAUUGUUCAAAGCUGUGUUGUUUUAUUUGUAUUCGGAGAUGGCUUACAGAACAAAGACCACAAUGUCCCCACUGCAGGGCAUGUCUUCAUUUGCAUGAACUGGUUCACUGCAGAUGGGUAGAAGAUGUCACACAGCAACUUGACAAUUUGCAAGGAAGUUCAGCUGCAGCAAGCUCAGUUAGUCCAGUUAAAGUCAAACCAGAGGAUAAUAAAGAUGGGAAAUGCGAAUGUCAUAAUGAGAAACUCAGUGUGUAUUGUGAUACCUGUAUGAAGUGCAUUUGCCACAUGUGUGCCUUAUGGGGAGGAACUCAUUCUAAACAUGAUUUCAAGCCAUUGGAUGAAGUAUAUGAGCAGCAUGUUUCUUCAAUUACAGAUGAGGUUGGUGCUCUGAGGAGAAGGUUAAUGGAACUAAUAAGUCUUGUACAGGAAGUGGAAAAGAAUGUUGAUAGUGUACGAACAGCAAAAGAAGAGCGUGUUCGAGAAAUUCGCAGUGCUGUGGAACUGAUGAUUGCUCGUCUGGACACACAACUCAAGAAUAAGCUACUUACCCUAAUGGGUCAGAAGAAUGCAUUAACUCAGGAAACCGAGCUACUGGAAUCGUUGCUUCAAGAAGUCGAGCAUCAGCUGCAUGUGUGUACCAAAAGUGAGCUUAUAAGCAAAAGCAAUGAGCUUCUUCAGAUGUUUGAGCAGGUUCAUCGUAAGCCAAUGGCAUCGUUUGUUACUGCGUCCAUACCAGCUGAUUUUACAAGUGAAAUUGUCCCAGCAUAUGAUUCAACUACAUUCUGUAUAUCAAAUUUCAGCACUCUGCGCCAUAAAGGUGACCCAGUUUACAGCGACCCAUUGAAUGUCAAUGGCCUUAGUUGGAGACUUAAAGUCUACCCGGAUGGAAAUGGGGUUGUUCGUGGAAACUAUCUUUCUGUUUUCCUGGAACUGACUGCUGGGCUUCCGGAAACGUCAAAGUACGAAUACAGAGUUGAAAUGAUACACCAGUCCUGUCUUGACAGUAGUAAGAACAUUGUCAGAGAAUUUGCAUCUGAUUUUGAAGUGGCGGAAUGCUGGGGUUAUAAUCGAUUCUUUCGCUUGGAUUUAUUGGCAAGUGAAGGCUACCUCAGUGUACAGAAUGAUACGUUGAUUCUUCGAUUUCAAGUACGUGCGCCAACCUACUACCAGAAAUGUCGCGAUCAGCAAUGGCAUAUUAACCAAAUGGAAGCAUCCCACCAGCACUACAUUCAGCAGAUUAAUGAACUCAAAGAGAGGCUAGCAAUUGAGUUGUCUCGUAAUCACGCUUUAGCAUCCACUGCCGCCCGCGGUGCACAUUCUGUUCUGCACCCAUGCUCUACAUCUAGCAAUGCAUCAUUGUUAGAGCAAACUAUUGAACAGACUAGCGACAACGAGACACAAACGCGUAGAGGCAAGCAGCCAAGUCGCCGAUCUCACGGCGCUGCGAAGCAGAAAGCUUUGAGAAAGCCUCGUCACGUGGUUGUCGACUAUGAAAUGCCUUCAGGCGAAGCAGACCAAGAGGAGAAGGAGACGCCAGUGGAUGAUGACCCCAUGCCUGACAGAUCCAUCACACCGAACAUGGACGAGUCUGAUGAAGACAACGAAGGGGGUUCUACAGAAGGAGACGACGAAGACGAAGAAGAUUCGGAUUUAGAAGAACAGGAUGCCGAUGAGAAUGAGAAUUCAUCGAUGAGAACGACCAAUAUUGCUGCCGAAAGUGAAAACGAAGACGGAGUCGAGCAAGAAGAGGCUGCUCACUCUCACGAUAAUGUUGUUCCAGAACUAGAAGAGUUGAAUUUACAUGACGUACACGAGCUUGACCAUAGUGUUAUGAAUGAUGUCGACGAAAAGUUACAUUUGGAGCAAAAACGCUCGGAAUCUUGGCAUGACGAAGAAACGGAGUUGGACUUCCAUGAUUCGGACGGUGAAAACGAGGCUGCAGCUAGCGGAUUCAAUCUCGGGUUCGUGGAUCCAGAAGAGCGUGCUUUACUUGAUAUGUUAGAAACUGAGGAGCGAUCAUCAAGCGAAAGUCUCCUUGGCAAAGAUUUUCUAGGAUUCCCAUCAAUCAGAAACACGGCUAGGCCGUGUAUGCAAUCAAGGACGCGUGCAAACAAUAAGUCAGAUGUUGAUUUUCUUAGAGCGUUUCUUUGCGAUGAUUCCAACACAGGCAUUGCAGACGAUUCUAGUUUUUCACUCACAGAUGAUAACGAUAAGAUGCAAGGUAGCAGCAGCAGCUCGAUAGAGAAUCUUGUAAAAAUUGCAGUCGCUGAGGCUCUCGAAAGGCAUGUAUUGGAAGAAAAACAAGCCGUUUGUCAUGUUGAAAAUGAGGCUAGUGAAGAAGCUGAUAGAGCAGGAGCGAGGUCCAAUAUUGCCAGCUCCUGGCCUCAGUUGGAUUUGUUGAAAUUGACCAGCUCCGGCGAAAAAUGUGCAUCCAGGGAAACAAAGCGACCAGAUAAAAUAUCAAAAGCAAAGUCAGCAGCAUGCAGUUUAGAAAAGGAAUUUUUAGGAACCCGUGAACAAGAAAAUCGGCUCGGCUUCGCAGACUCUACUUUCCUUCCUAUUUUCAAUUUUGACAACAGAAGCUGCAGGCAGGCUACAUUUUGGUUGGAAAAGUGGACUUCUCAAUUAUUGUCAAACCUACGUAACUCGAGUGAUAAUGGGAUGGGCAGGAGGACGAGCGAAGAAUCUCCGCAAAGCCAGUUUGUAAUAAGUGGUCGAGAAGGGGAUGAAAGUCUUUCCUCUGAAACCUCCAAUGCAGUCGCAGGCAAUGUAGUCACCGGAGUCGAAGAAAACGAGAGAACAGGUGACUCAUAAAGCUUUCCUUUGAAUUUCUUGGGCGGUUGGUUGAAUUUUUAUUAGUGGCACGACCUUGUCUUAAAGGACCAUCGUAAUGCACCAUAUUUUAACGCUGGAAGAAGCAAGGCUUUGUAGCCACAAUAACAAUUAUGGAUGUAUAAAUUAUUUAAAACUUUAUUGUUAUUGCUAGUAAUUUUCAACUUCCGUAUUUUGAUAUUUAGGUAUUAAACUAUAUACUAUUGAGUUACUUAAUUUUAGAGUUGAGGGUUUUCAAGCUUCACUUCUACGGUUUUGUAGUGCCGUAGUAAGCUUCACGAUUCUCCAUAGAAGAUUUACAUUGUUUAAUAUUUACAAUAUAUUCCGGCAGUAAUGAGUUUACUGAAAGGCUCAAGAAGUUUUUAUAACAGCACAGCACAAACAUUCUGUAUAUUCCUUGUAUAUAUGCAAAUUAAAAUAAUAGGCCCUAAAUAUUCAUUUAAGCUCACAGCCCAAAUAGUAUCUUUAAAUCAUGGGGGAGUACUAUUUUGUUAUCAAGGCUGAAACGAAUGAUUGUGUGUUCUAUUAAUUUAUUACUGUGAAUUUCUAGUUGGCACAUUUACGCAGAAUCUUAAGAUUAAUUGACCUUGCCAAUGCAAAACAACUUCAUUUUGUUGUUAUCGUCAUCUUUUGUACAUUCUUUUCUGAAUUCAUAUUAGAAACAUUGUAUUUGCAUUUACACUUAAUUGACUUGCUUUCGAUUCUCAUUUCGUCCCUUUAUCAUUAUACUUCUUUAAAAUUUUUUACUGAGAUGAUAUUUAAGAGUUCAAACUAGAAUGCAUCAAAAGUCAAUAAAAGGCUUACCCCCACCUUAUGUUGCCAUUUAUUAAAAAGUUCCUAAAACUUUUAAGAUGUUUUUUUGUUAUUUUUACCAGUAUAGAAUUUUGCCAUCUGGAUUUUGCAUUGGCAGAAAUUAGACCUUUCCAAAAUUCGUUUAUGGUUGUCUGGAAAUCGAAAUAAUUGUUUCUAAUAAUUA